AUGGCAGUUCACAUAGAAUACACAAAGGAAUAUAAAUUAAAGCAAGAAUCAAGAACAACGAACACUUGGGAAAAUGCUUACAGUCGACCGGGAAGAGACUUCUACGCAGACCUCCACAAUGAGCCCAGCCGCCACAAUGAGCCCAGCCGCCACAAUGAGCCCAGCCGCCACAAUGAGCCCAGCCGCCACAAUGAGCCCAGCCGCCACAAUGAGCCCAGCCUCCACAAUGAGCCCAGCCUCCACAAUGAGCCCAGCCUCCACAAUGAGCCCAGCCUCCACAAUGAGCCCAGCCGCCACAAUGAGCCCAGCCGCCACAAUGAGCCCAGCCGCCACAAUGAGCCCAGCCGCCACAACGAGCCCAGCCUCCACAACGAGCCCAGCCUCCACAACGAGCCCAGCCGCCACAAUGAGCCCAGCCUCCACAAUGAGCCCAGCCGCCACAAUGAGCCCAGCCGCCACAAUGAGCCCAGCCUCCACAAUGAGCCCAGCCGCCACAAUGAGCCCAGCCGCCACAAUGAGCCCAGCCGCCACAACGAGCCCAGCCGCCACAACGAGCCCAGCCGCCACAACGAGCCCAGCCGCCACAACGAGCCCAGCCGCCACAACGAGCCCAGCCGCCACAACGAGCCCAGCCACCACAUCGAGCCCAGCCUCCACAACGAGCCCAGCCUCCACAACGAGCCCAGCCACCACAUCGAGCCCAGCCGCCACAACGAGCCCAGCCACCACAUCGAGCCCAGCCGCCACAACGAGCCCAGCCGCCACAACGAGCCCAGCCGCCACAACGAGCCCAGCCGCCACAACGAGCCCAGCCGCCACAACGAGCCCAGCCGCCACAACGAGCCCAGCCGCCACAACGAGCCCAGCCGCCACAACGAGCCCAGCCGCCACAUCGAGCCCAGCCGCCACAACGAGCCCAGCCGCCACAACGAGCCCAGCCACCACAUCGAGCCCAGCCUCCACAACGAGCCCAGCCACCACAUCGAGCCCAGCCACCACAUCGAGCCCAGCCGCCACAACGAGCCCAGCCUCCACAACGAGCCCAGCCGCCACAACGAGCCCAGCCGCCACAACGAGCCCAGCCUCCACAACGAGCCCAGCCUCCACAACGAGCCCAGCCGCCACAACGAGCCCAGCCGCCACAAGGAGCCCAGCCGCCACAACGAGCCCAGCCGCCACAACGAGCCCAGCCGCCACAAGGAGCCCAGCCGCCACAAGGAGCCCAGCCGCCACAAGGAGCCCAGCCGCCACAAGGAGCCCAGCCGCCACAAGGAGCCCAGCCGCCACAAGGAGCCCAGCCGCCACAAGGAGCCCAGCCGCCACAAGGAGCCCAGCCGCCACAAGGAGCCCAGCCGCCACAAGGAGCCCAGCCUCCACAAGGAGCCCAGCCGCCACAAGGAGCCCAGCCGCCACAAGGAGCCCAGCCGCCACCACGAGCCCAGCCGCCACCACGAGCCCAGCCGCCACAAGGAGCCCAGCCGCCACCACGAGCCCAGCCGCCACCACGAGCCCAGCCGCCACCACGAGCCCAGCCGCCACCACGAGCCCAGCCGCCACCACGAGCCCAGCCGCCACCACGAGCCCAGCCGCCACAACGAGCCCAGCCGCCACAACGAGCCCAGCCGCCACAACGAGCCCAGCCACCACAACGAGCCCAGCCGCCACAACGAGCCCAGCCGCCACAACGAGCCCAGCCGCCACAACGAGCCCAUCACUGAAGUCGUAUUCUUGGACAUUUCCAAAGACAAGAACGGGGCAAUAAUUGUAUUACCACUGAAGAUCUGA